GGUGCGGGGUUUGCAUCGUAGCGGAUUGUAGUGCAUCGUGGCGCAGCCAACCAGGCGUGCAUAUGUGGUCAAAUUUAUUUGAAGAUUUAAUCUACAGCGCACACGAUGCGUUUAGAAUACUCGUGCCACACCCUCACGAACGGACACCUAUAACCAAUAAACAUAUCCCAUAUGCAAUUAUCCCAUUCAUACCCUUCGUAUACAUGGCCUACCUUGCUAGACGGCCAGGUACUUAUGUUGUUCGGCUGCUUCUUCUCCCCCUUGUCCUUGUCGUCACACUAGGAACUUCGUAUCGCUUCAUGUGGACAGAACCUAGAUUGAACGUGUACAACUGGGGUCAAUGUCUUCUUGCUGAAGCUUUGGCUGCGAAAGCUGUGCACUAUGCCUUGACAAGGGAGGGAAUGCUGAGGGUUGGAGAGUCUAGUCCUGGUAUACGACCUACGGUCACUGCCCCGAAAACGUCCGAUGGCCAAACAAACGGUUCAGCUUCGCAUGGGUCCAAGACGACCUCUCCUCAGAUCUCGCAAUCUUGUUUUUAUGACACGUCGGAGCUAAUAUUAUCUAUGCGUGGGCUGGGUUGGAAGUACGGCGUAGGCGUACAUGUCCCAAAGGAACACAAAUCCCUUGAACGAGCCCUCUUCUUGAAGUCAACAGUAUUAUCAUUCCUCCAGAAUUUCCUCAUUCUUGAUUUCCUUGAGUCUAUGAUUAAACUAGUUCCUGGUGUCGGAACUCCAGAAGGGAGGAGCAUCUUCUUCCACGAUCUACCUAUCACACAACGCUUUCUUCUAUCUACCGCCAUCCACGUCGCGACUGGCAGUUGUCUACUGUAUGGCUUUCAGAUGAUUUAUGACCUAAUCACCAUCAUAGCUGUUGGCCUUCUACAAAGCCCACCUUCAGCGUGGCCCCCAAUCAUGGACCAUCCCUGGAGCUCAGACUCGCUACACAUAUUCUGGGCCAAGCGUUGGCAUCAGGUCCUCCGUCAGACAUUCAUCAUCUGUGGAGGCUACCCCGGGGAGCUGCUUGGCGGAAACUUUGGCAUGGUGAUCGGUACAUUCAUAGGAUCUGGCUUAUACCACGAGUUCGCGAUAUACGCCAUGGGGUCUGGUUUUGAUUACCGUGUUCCGUUUUUCUUUGCUGUACAGGGACCCCUGUUGAUGUUCGAGCGCGUGUGGAGAAAAGUGAUUGGGAGGAGGAUAGGCGGCGUUUAUGGGAUUCUUUGGGUUUAUUUCUGCAUCAUCAUACUUGGGCAACCUUUAGUGGACUCGUGGCAUAGAAGAGGACUGGGAGGUGGGAUGGUGAUUCCACCACCCCUAAGUCCCGCGCGGCUACUUUUUAUACCAUUCUUCCGGGAUCUUAUUGAGAAGUAUAUCCAGACCUUGGCCUAAGGUCCCUUCCACGUUUCACUGGUCACAACCUUGCAAUACUCAAUUAUGUAUCACACAGGAAUAAUCUUUAUACCUACUAAUAUCUCUUCGAAGUGUUAUUCCUAAGCUGAUGGUAGACAUGAUCACACUAGUUAUUACCCCACUUGAAUAGGAUAAUGAUACCAUUAGAGAGUUUAUUCAGCUGCAAUCCGAGCAUAAUAUAGAUCGACAUAUCAGUCAAAUUAUCUAUCUUCAUCCCAAUCUACUCCAGCCUAGUUCUUCACCCCAGCUCUUCCACAUCCGGUCUACCACUCUCAAUUUCUCACCCCUCCCAAGCGUGGGAUCUUCCAGGUCUCGGACGUCCUCCAAAAAUCCUUCGCGCAGACGUGAACGAGCUGGCAGAGAGCUUUCUGCAUACUUGCGUAGAUGUGUCACCGAGAGCACGAGCAGACCGGAUGUUAGAGGUGGGAGAGCCAUGGUGUCGUCACGAUCCUCUGUCUGUCCGCGUCGAGACCGCUGUGAUGUUGAUUUCGGCUGGAAGACUAGUAACCGUUCUAUCCUCCUCAUUGCAAGCCAAACUCCG